UCUUGUCAUUGUGUGUGAAAAAAUUUCUUUUCUGCGUUUGAUGUUCGUGAAUUUGUUCGUCGAGUGAAAAUUGGCGAUAAAAGUUGUAAAACGUGAAUGUUUCGUGCCAAUUUAGCUAGAUAAAGAUCGCGUGGGUAAAUGUUCGUUAGAUGGUGAUAACAGUUUGGUAAAAAUAACGUUUUUUGGGCGAAAAACGGGCAAAAAGUUUUUCGUCUGAUGCAAGAAGGAAGAAGAAAAAGCAAAGGAGUGUCCUCCCUUGUUUGCCACCAGCUGUGCUUUUGUUUUGGUUGAUAAUUGCUUAUUUUUUUGGAGGAAUUACGCUGGCCCUAAAAUGAAUAUUGUCGGUCUGGUCAAGCGGUCAUAUUCGGACUAUGGAACGAUAUUCAAAGAUUCUUUGUAUACUUUCAUCGCGGAAGAGCUGCGGAAUAACUUUGCCUGGUCGCUGAGUGUGCUGUUGAUUCUGAUUGCAACCAUCGUUGGGCUUUACUGCUGGAGGAGAAUAUAUUUGAAAAAGCUUCGCGACAAAGCUGCUCAGUUACUAUUCCUAAGGAAUGAUCCAUCCCAACUACGAUUCCGCAAGCGUGAUAAAAUGCUGUUCUAUGGACGGCGCAUGCUCCGAAAGAUGAAGUCCAUCUCCGGGCAAGCUUACAAUAGCCAGGAAAGAAAACACAGAAACUUCAUACGCAACGCCAAACGAUUCCUACAUAUCCAAAAGGAAAAGGAUCCGAUUCAGCUUAAAGUGGUUGGGCCACCGGCUGAGUAUCUCGAAGAAGCGGCAGAGGGCAAGGAAGGAGUUCCGCUUGAUGCGCUGUACAUGCUUCAAAGCAUUCGAAUCUUUGGCCAUUUUGAGAAGCUCGUCUUUUUGGAAAUAUGCCGACAAACCAAAAUUAUCAAUUUGAUCGCAGGCGAAUCGUUGAUAAAGGUUGGCGAUCCAGAUGAUAGCGUAUUUAUCGUACAAUCGGGGCAAGUGAACGUAUUUCUCAACAAUCCCGAUGGCAGUUCAAUUGCGCUGAAGGUGGUAAGAAAGGGCGAAUCUGUUACUUCGUUGUUGAGUUUCAUUGAUGUGUUGGUGGGAAACACUAGCCAGUAUAAAACAGUAACGGCCAGAGCAAUGGAGAACUCCAAGGUUAUACUUCUGCCAAUGUCUGCAUUCAAAAAGGUCUUUGACGAAAGUCCCGAUCUUCUGGUUCGAGUGAUACAGGUUAUCAUGAUUCGGUUGCAGCGUGUCACAAUUACAGCUUUGCACAACUAUUUGGGAUUGAGCACUGAAUAUAUUCAAUGUUCAUCACAGCGGAAGAAGGUUGCCGUGCCACUAAAAAAUAGUCCCGGCCAUCGGCGAGUGCCAUCGGAUGUGCAAGCUCCGUCUCAUUCGUUGGUAGGGCAUACAGUGACCGGCGAAGCCCGUCCAGAUAUGUUGGCCGAUUUGGCCGACCACGUAGGAAGCCGACGGCCAUCAGCACUACCGAGUGAACCCAUGGAUGACACCUUGAUGAAAUCGAUUGCUGUCGAAGGAUUCCUGAAGGAACUCGGUCUGAAGGAAGAGGAUCGAACAGUCGUGGAGCAGAACAUCGAUAUAAAGGAAAUAGCCCCGGGAACCACUCUGACGCAUCAAGGCAGAAGUGAUGACGUGCUGCUGAUUUUCGUGAUAAGUGGUGGUUUGACAAUAGCACAGUAUCCGCAAGUUAACAUUGGCUGUAACAAGAAGCUGGACAAAUCGGACAACCACACCGUUACGAUCCACCCUGGAGACGUCGUCGGUGGUCUGGCAGUGCUGACCGGAGAGAGCAGCUUAUACACCAUCAAGGCGAAGCACUUUUCUCGUGUGGGAUUACUACAGAAAGAAAUUAUUUACAAUAUAAUGCGUGAAAGACCGGCUGUCGUGCUAGACAUUGCCAACUGUGUAGUGAAGCGUCUAUCUCCCCUAGUUCGUCAAUGUGAUUUUGCCUUGGACUGGAACUUUUUAGAAUCUGGUCGUGCUGUGUAUCGACAGGACGAAAAUAGUGACUGCACAUAUAUUGUCCUAAAUGGACGUCUCCGUUCGGUCAUCACUCACUCAGAUGGUAAGAAAGAGAUUGUAGGCGAAUAUGGCAAAGGAGACUUAAUCGGCAUCGUGGAGAUGAUAACGGAAACUCCCCGCACUACAACUGUGAUGGCAGUUCGUGAUUCCGAACUUGCGAAACUGCCGGAAGGUCUUUUCAAUGCAAUUAAGUUUAAGUAUCCGAUUGUGGUAACGCAGUUGAUAAGUUUGCUAAGCCAUAGAAUACUGGGCUCGAUGCAAGCUCGUCCAAUCACAGGAAGCUCUCUGACGACAGUCCCAUUCGACACGAACCAACAGAUUCAACAUCGAUACUCCACUGUCGCUAUUGUCCCUAUCAGUGAAGAUGUUCCGUUGACUGCAUUCACCUAUGAGUUGUAUCACUCGCUAUGUGCCAUUGGAUCAACUUUGCGACUGACCUCAGACGUGGUUCGAAAAACGUUGGGACCACAGAUCAUGGAUCAAUCCAACGAAUAUCGUCUCACCAGUUGGCUCGGUCAACAGGAAGAUCGCAACAACAUUGCACUGUAUCAGUGCGAUCUAACGUUUGGUCCUUGGACUCAGCGAUGUUUACGGCAGGCCGACGUGAUUCUGAUCGUUGGCUUGGGAGACAGAUCUCCUACCAUUGGGUCACUGGAGACGCAGAUUAAUCAACUCGCGAUACGUACCGCUAAGGAACUAGUUUUGCUUCAUCAUGAGGGAGCUGCACGACCAACGAACACUACCACUUGGCUCAACAUGCGGGCCUGGGUGUCGGGCCAUCAUCACAUUCAGUGUCCUAAAAGAAUGUUCACCAGGAGAAGCCAAUACCGGAUUAACGACUUGUACAGCAAAGUGCUGAUGUCUGAACCGAAUAUCCAUUCGGACUUUUCACGUUUGGCCAGAUGGCUGACGGGUAAUUCGGUCGGGUUGGUGUUGGGCGGAGGAGGAGCUCGUGGCGCUGCGCACGUAGGCAUGUUCAAAGCCAUCCAAGAAGCUGGCAUUCCGAUCGAUAUGGUUGGCGGUGUAAGUAUCGGCGCGUUUAUGGGGGCACUCUGGUGUUCCGAGAAAAACGUGACGACCGUCACGCAGAAGGCUCGAGAGUGGUGUAAGAAAAUGACACAGUGGGGCCGACAGCUGAUGGACUUGACCUAUCCAAUCACCUCCAUGUUUUCCGGGCGUGACUUCAAUCAAACCAUUCGGGGUACUUUCGGCGACGUGUACAUCGAGGACCUCUGGAUACCGUACUUUACGCUUACCACCGACAUUUCGGCCAGCUGUGCGCGUACUCAUACCCAUGGUUCUCUUUGGCGCUAUGUUCGAUCGUCUAUGUCAUUGAGCGGAUACAUGCCUCCUUUGUGUGACCCGAAAGACGGACAUCUACUCUUGGACGGCGGUUACGUUAAUAACCUUCCAGCUAACCACGGAGUAUGCUGUUAUCUGAAAGAGCACUACCUGACAAAACAAUGUGGAAAAUGAACCAAACCAUUUAAACUUACUGUUCCAACAAUAUGUGUAAGUAACAUAACGUUCAAGAAUCCGUCAUCGUAAUAAUCGUCAUCAUCGAAACUUUUAAAG